GGCGCUCUGCAUCUCCAUUGAUCACACGACCAAUGCACAGAGGCAGAGCCCUCCGCCCUCGCCCCAUCCAGCGCCGCCCGCCGGCCGCUGACCCUCCGCCGCCCGUUUCUCCACCAUGGUACGCCGCGCCGCGGUCGACGCUCCCGGCCGCGACCCCGCCCCCGGGCGAGGCGGAUCCUCUCGUCGUCGCGGCGUCCGAGAUUGCGCUCGGCCUCCCCUUCCACCCAGCGCCGCUCCCGGCCGCCGCGCCCGCGCCCUUGCUCCGCCUCCUCCCGGCCUUCACCCCCACUCACUUUCUCUCCCUACUUCGCCGCAACCCGCUCGCCCUCCAGCCGCUCCCGCUCCUUUCCCUCUUCCGCGUCCUCCUCGCCUCGCCGCCGGGCCUCUUCCGUCACACCCCAGCCUCCUUCCUCUCCAUGUCUCACCUCCUCAUCGCCCACCGCCUCUCUCACCUUGCACUCCCCCUCCUCCGCCUUCUCGUCUCCCGCCUUGGCCGCGACUCCCCGCCGCGGCUACUCCCGCUACUUGUCUCCGCAGCCUCAACCGACGACCCGGCGCCUCUCGUGUCCGCUGUCGCCAAAGUAUACGCCGAUGAGGGCCUCCUACCCGAUGGAUGCUCCCUCCUCCUCCUCGCGCUCCGCCGUGGCAUCCGCGUCCCCAUGCCAGCGUGGUCCGAUCUCAUGAAUCGGCUCCCAUCUGUUCCCGAAGCCUACGCCUUCUACCUGCACCUGCUCGACGCCGGCGUGCCCCCGGAGGCCAGGCAGUUUAACAUGCUAAUGCGUGACAUGAUUAGAUCAGGCAAACUUGCCAGUGCGCGGAACGUGUUCGAUGAAAUGUUGAGGAGGGGUGUGCAGCCAACGGUAGUGACCUUCAACACCUUGAUGUCUGGGAUGUGCAAGGCGUCCGAUCUGAACAACGCAAAUGCUCUGCGAGGCCUAAUGGCAAAGGCAGGAAUCGCACCAGAUGUGUACACCUAUGGUGCUUUUAUACAGGGGCUGUGUAAGACAGGGAGGAUACAAGAUGCAAUGGAGAUGUUUGAGGAAAUGUGUGAGAGAGGUUUGAACCCCAACACUGUUGUGCUCACUACAUUGAUAGAUGCACAUUGCAAGGAGGGGGAUGUGACAGCUGGGUUGGAGUUGCGCUGGGAGAUGGCCACAAGGGGUGUCAAGGCGGAUUUGGUGGCAUACAAUGCUUUGGUGAAUGGUUUUUGCCGAGUGCGUGAUAUGAAAGCAGCCAAUGACAUUGUGGAGGAGAUGAGAAAGGAUGGUCUCAAGCCGGACAAGGUUACUUACACCACCCUCAUCGAUGGUUGCUGCAAGGAGGGGGAGUUAGACACAGCAAUGGAGAUGAAACAAGAGAUGUCAGACGAAGGGGUUGCGUUGGAUGAUGUCACAUACACUGCGCUCAUCUCUGGACUGAGCAAGGCUGGCCGUUCAGUUGAUGCAGAAAGGAUCCUAUGUGAGAUGAUGGAGGCUGGUUUGCAACCUGACAACACGACAUACACAAUGGUGAUUGAUGCCUUUUGUAAGAAUGGUGAUGUGAAGACAGGCUUUAAACAUCUGAAAGAGAUGCAGAAUAAGGGCAAAAAUCCAGGAAUUGUGACAUAUAAUGUGGUUAUGAAUGGCUUCUGCAGUCUGGGGCAGAUGAAGAAUGCGGACAUGCUUCUGAAUGCCAUGCUUAAUAUUGGGGUGUGCCCAAAUGAUAUAACAUACAACAUUCUUUUGGAUGGGCAUUGCAAGCAUGGAAAAGUUAGAGAUACUGAAGAACUGAAGAGUGCAAAAGGAAUGGUUUCAGAUUUUGGGGUUUAUACUUCACUAAUCAAUGAAUUUGUCAAGAAAAAGUCAGCUAAGAGUUACCAUGAUAAUGGAUAGCUUGGUGGGUAAAGAUACUUAUUUUGCUUCCUACCUGUGACAACAUCAGAGCUUCAAGGUUGACAAGGCAACAUGAAUAUGAUUUCCACACUCAGAUUGAUAUAUAUGGUAAAAGUACCUUAUUGGGCAGUGAGCACACAUACUCGGCUUGGAAGUUUACUGUCAGGGAGGGGGAAAGCGGAUAUUCUAGCAAAUCAAGGUAUAAUAGGUUUCAUGAUUCUUUGUUUAGUCAAAGGAUCUUGAUGAGAAAUAUUGUCUAGAUCUAGAUCUGAGAUGUCUUAGCAAUUGGUCUAUCUGGUGCAUGGCUGUGGUUAGUUUCCGUAUUUGGCAA